AGUCGCGUGGGACGAAAAAUUACCCAGUGGCGCCCCCACCCCCGGAUCCACGCCGCCGUUCGGACCCCCGACGCCGAGCUGCCGUAGCGCCGCCGGCCGGCCUCGCCCCAGGAGCACCGCCCUCCCCCUCACCCCCGACCACGGGCGGCACUGGACCACCGCCGCUAGCUGAGAGAAUGGUGCACGAACAAGAACGAUACGAUGCGGCAGAUGGCGACUCAAGCCUGGGAGGCAGCUCCUCCAGUGACCUGAACUUGAACGAGAAUCAGGACCCUGACAAUGACCCGGCAUCUGGGCGUUCAGAGACCUCCACCAGCAAUGAUCAAAGGGCACAUCCUCCAAGAGGACCGAAUAGAAUGCCGAGAGGGCACUACAUUGUUACGGAAGUCGCGGCGAAUGGUAAACCCCUCGUGCCCCUCGUAGCGGUGAAGGCAUGGAGAACGUCGUGUGGUUACAUUGUCAAAAACUAUGUUCCCAUCAAGUUCCAAGCGUGGAGACCCAAUCGUACAUGCCCAGAUCUGCUAGUGGUGCCGGAUGUUGAAAAACAGCUAUGUUGGGACAAGCUGAAGGAGAAGAUCACCUUUCCGCCAGAUUCGGAACACAUAGCUAAGAGAGCAAGCUUGCAAUCAAUGGGUAUCCUAUUUAAGAAGUUCAAGAGUGACCUUUUCAAGAAGUUCGUCGCCAAGGGGGAGACACCAAACUUUAAACUUCCACGGUGGGAAAAAUUGGCAGACUUCUGGGAUGAAUUCGUCGAAUACAAGACAUCUAAAGAGGCAACGGAAAUUAGUGAACGAAAUAAGGCGAACUCUCUAAAGAAUACAAACCCACACCGUCUUGGCCCUGGUGGUUAUGUCAAUAAGGAGGCAAUAUGGGAUCAGCAGCAAAAGGAAUUAGAGUCGAAGGGUAUCCAACCAGUGGUGAAAGGAUGGUCUAGGAGAAUGAGAAACUACUCCAUGGCUAGGGGGUUGACUCUCUCGGAGGACGGUGGCUUGAUAUUAAGAGGUACUCGACAAGCGGAAGUUAUCCAUAAGAUAGUUGAGGCUUAUGACAAAUCAUCGCAAGGCGAGUUCGUACCAGACCGUGAGAAUGAUGAGCUGACGCUGGCCCUUGGGAACAAAGAGCACCCUGGCCGCACGAGAGGAGUGGGUUUGGUUCCAUGGAAGGUUGGCUUUCCAGACUCAGGAAAUAGCUAUAGAUCGCGUAGUAGGGGCAAGGCUGUAGAGAGUCUUAGUUUGCAGCAAGAAAUCACUGCAGCGGUGUCGUCACAGCUCCAAGCUAGGCUUGAUGAACAUGCAGCAUUAUUAUCUGCGCAGUUUGAAGAAAAGUUACAAAAUGCUCUUAGCCAGAUGCAAGCUAACAGCACAAAAUUACCUAGCCCAGCAGGAGCGAACCUAGCUGGUCUUAGGAAGAACAGUUGUGCAUCUACUGAGCACGAUGUACAUUUCCCCUCUAGUUUUCCCGUGGAUGAGAUCACGAAACCAACUUCGUGCAAGCUCCACAUACCAUGGAAGCACCUUAGCAAAGAGGUGGCCGCGGGCAUGGCAUACCCGUGCGAGGUUGGUCAGGUCUUACAUGGAUGUCCACUUCCGGAUGGUUACGGGAGGGUAGAUUUGGAGCUUGUGAGGCCCCAGUACCUCAACAGAUUGCUAGAUAUACCACCAGAGGACAAUGUCACAACUCUUGGGCAAGCUGUACACUAUCCCAUCGCAUGGUUGAAACAAUACAUUGUUCUGGAUGAUGAUGAUGAGGUUGUGUCUUCUCCAGCACAUCAUGGAGGCAUCUUACCAGUGCAUGAAACGCAACAGAAGAGUCCGACUCCCCACCCCCCUCCACCUCCACAGAUGAGAAAACAGAGAUCUCACCGUAAUACUCAGAAAUCUACGCAUAUGAUGCAAUCAACAUCGUCACAGAAGAGAAAACAAGAACUGAUGGGCCCUCCAAUGCUGUUGGAUUCGAAGGAGACGAGUGGUAGUCUACCUAUCACAUCACACCUACGGACUAAAGAGAAUGCGAAGAAGGGGAAAAAACAGAAAAUACAGGUCAUUAUGCAUUCUCUCGCAUCAUUAUGAUGUUCACUGAUGUGCAAGAACUUGGUCAAUACAAAAAAAAAA